CUUAAAAAUUAAAAAAUCACUAAAUCGCUUUAUCACAUAUUUUAUUGAAUUAAACCCAUUACAGUAAUCGAUUCUAAUAGAAUUUCGAGAAUUUUAUAAUCCAUUUGGAAUUCUUAAUGAUGUUUUAGUAAACACUCGAUAACCAAUUUUGCAAUUCAAAACUAAAAAAAAAAAACCUCCAAAUCAUGCUACGUGACGCGAUUUAAAAGUAGGUGAGCACUUCUGUUAACGUUCGUGACUGAUAAACUAACGAGUGAAAGUUGAUUAUUAUGCUGGUAAUCAUUCCGUGGAGAUAACCCUUUUCCUCCUAAUAAUCGUCUCAAAUCGAAAUAAAAUGAACGAAUCUAAGAAAAAUUCUACAAUUAUUAAAGUCGGUUCUAGAAGGAGCGAGUUGGCUUUAAUUCAAACAAAUCAUGUUAUUUCACUUCUUAAAGAAGUUCAUCCUGAAAAGGAAUUUGAAAUCGUUACUAUGUGUACGAUGGGGGAUAAAAUCUUAGAUAUUCCUUUACCAAAGAUUGGUGAAAAAUCGCUUUUUACGAAAGAACUCGAAACAGCACUUGCAACAGGUUGUGUUGACUUCGUGGUGCAUUCUUUAAAAGAUUUACCUACUACUUUACCUGAAAAUAUGGCUAUUGGAGCUGUUUUAACUAGAGAAGACCCUCGAGAUGCUUUGGUGUUGCGUAAAGAUUGUUCUGGUUGUGAUUUGGAUACUUUACCUAAAGACAGUGUUAUUGGGACAUCCAGUUUACGUAGAGCAGCACAAAUUAACAAGAAGUAUCCUCAUUUAAAAGUUGAAAAUAUACGUGGGAAUUUAAAUACUAGAUUAAAAAAAUUAGAUGAACUUGAUAAGUAUCAUGGAAUUGUUUUAGCCGUCGCCGGCUUACAUAGAAUGGGGUGGAAAGAUAGAAUAUCAAAAUUAAUUCCCUGUGAAGAUAUUUUAUACGCGGUGGGUCAAGGUGCUUUAGCAGUUGAAUGUCGAGAAAAUGAUGAAGAAAUUCUCGAACUUUUAAAACCAAUUUACGACGUCCCCACUGCACUUCGAAUAAUCGCAGAAAGAACGUUUUUGUGUACCCUUGGAGGCGGUUGCAGCGCCCCAGUUGCUAUAACUUCUAAAUUAAAAGAACAAAAAGAUAACUCCACAUUUAAUUUAUCUCUAAGCGGUGGAGUUUGGUCCUUAGACGGUUCAGAAGAAUUAAAAGAAUCCAAGUCUUGUAAAUUAUACAUGAAUAAUGUUCAAAUUGAAUGUGAAAAUUGUCCAAAAUCAAAAAAUGAGAAUUCAUGUAAAGAAGGCGAUAUUGAGUGUUUACAAACAUGCAAAAAUAUGUGUAAAAGAAAUUUAUAUAACGACACUCAAUGUCCAUAUCAACCCAAAAAGAAACUAAAAGUUUCAGAAAAUGACAAAAAUGGUUCUGUAUCAACUUCUAGUGAUACAGAUGUUGGUAAAAACGAUCACUGCCCAGUGCAUUUAACUGUUGGUGCUGAUUUCAUGGGGAAAUGUCCAUAUUUAGAUGGUGAAAUGACAGGAAAAUGUCCUGUUAAUGGAAAAAUUAUGGGUAAAGCAAUGGAUGUUACAAAAUGUCCAUUUUUAAAAGAUGGAAAAUUAGUCGAUGUGGUUACAGUUAAGGAAAAUAAUAUUAUUGAAAGCGAAGAACAAAUUGUAAACAGUAAUUUAUUUUGCGGGCUGGUUUCUUAUCCCGGUGUUAAUGUUAAGGUGUUUCGGCAAGCUGAAGAGUUGGGGCGAACUUUGGCUGAAAGUUUGAUUGAAAAGGGAGCGUCUAAAAUUAUGGCAAAAGCACAAUCAUACAUUAGGGGGAACUAGUUGAUUUAUUUAUUGUACUUUUUAGAAGUUAUUAAUUAGGUAGAUGCAGAAUAUCCAUGACUUUACAAAUGUUUUGUAUUUAAGAUUUUUUUAUGGUGCAAUGUUUUUGAAAAUUUACUUAUUAUAUGGUUGCAAUUUUU